AUGGCAGCAUUGGAUCUGUCAACAGUUGGAUACUUGAUUGUGGGAUUGCUUACGGUUUAUAUUACUCACUGGAUUUACAAAUGGAGGAAUCCCAAAUGCAAUGGAGUUCUUCCUCCAGGUUCCAUGGGGCUCCCUCUUAUCGGCGAAACGAUUCAGUUAGUCAUUCCAAAUGCCUCUUUGGACCUUCCACCAUUCAUCAAAAAGAGAAUGAAAAGGUAUGGACCUAUUUUUCGAACAAAUGUAGCAGGCAGGCCAGUGAUAAUAACAGCAGAUCCUGAAUUCAAUCAUUUUCUUCUUCGACAAGACGGAAAAUUAGUCGACACAUGGUCAAUGGACACAUUUGCCGAAGUAUUUGAUCAAGCCAGCCAGUCAUCGCGAAAAUAUACACGACACUUGACUUUAAAUCACUUUGGCGUGGAAGCUCUCAGGGAGAAACUCCUCCCUCAAAUGGAAGAUAUGGUUCGAACAACUCUUUCGAAUUGGUCGAGUCAAGAAUCCGUUGAAGUCAAAAGUGCUUCUGUUACAAUGGCUAUUGAUUACGCGGCGAGGCAAAUAUAUAGUGGUAAUCUUGAGAAUGCACCACUCAAGAUAAGUGAUUUGUUCAGGGACUUGGUCGAUGGUCUAAUGUCGUUUCCCAUUAAUAUCCCUGGUACCGCGCAUCACAGAUGCCUACAGACGCACAAGAAAGUACGAGAAAUGAUGAAGGACAUCGUGAAAACUAGGCUCGAAGAGCCUGAGAGGCAAUAUGGAGAUAUGCUUGAUCAUAUGAUCGAAGAUAUGAAAAAGGAGUCGUUCUUAGACGAGGAUUUCAUCGUACAAUUGAUGUUUGGACUGUUCUUUGUCACUUCUGAUUCCAUUUCUACCACUCUAGCAUUAGCUUUCAAGUUACUUGCUGAACAUCCCUUGGUUUUGGAGGAAUUAACUGCUGAACACGAGGCGAUCCUCAAGAAACGAGAAAAAUCAGAAUCCCAUCUCACAUGGAAUGACUAUAAAUCUAUGACCUUUACUCUUCAGGUUAUAAAUGAAGUUCUAAGGCUCGGAAAUAUAGCACCUGGAUUCUUUCGUCGAGCUUUACAAGAUAUUCCAGUAAAUGGAUAUACAAUUCCUUCAGGAUGGGUGAUUAUGAUUGCCACUGCUGGCCUUCAUCUUAACUCCAACCAAUUUGAGGAUCCGCUUAAAUUCAAUCCAUGGCGCUGGAAGGUGUGCAAAGUUUCAUCUGUCAUAGCUAAAUGUUUUAUGCCAUUUGGAUCUGGUAUGAAGCAAUGUGCUGGUGCAGAAUAUAGUAGGGUGCUGCUGGCAACUUUUAUACACGUCCUCACCACAAAGUACAGAUGGGCUAUUGUCAAGGGAGGAAAAAUUGUUCGUUCACCGAUCAUAAGAUUUCCAGACGGAUUUCACUACAAGAUCAUAGAAAAAACUAACUGA